CUUUGAUGACUUACAAAAAGUCUUGAGACAAAAAAGCAGCGAAGUCUCCACUGAAAGACUGCACAGCAACUUGGAAAGCAGCGAAUUCUCUACAGAAAGAAUCGAAUCUAUGGCUAUGGCUCAUAAUGGCUUCUCGACACGGCUAGGGCUUUCAUAAUGGCUUCCGACACGUGAGUGGUUUGCUUUCCACAUGCUCAAAGUUCAAUCUAUGGAUUUGGGCUCUGACACUAAGAACUGGGUCGACCGGAGGCUGGACAGGGAUCUAUAUCGGGGAAGAGGCUCCGACAUCCCGAGCAGGAUCCAGGUCGUUCAGAAGUUCCGACGUAUGGGCCAGCUAUAGUUCUAAUUUUCCAGUGAUUUUAUGGCAGACGGCUGGACAGGGAUCUGUUUCGGGGAGGAAGGCUCCAACAUCCCGAGCAGGACCCAGGUCGUCCAGAAGUUCCGACAAUUGGGCAUCACCCGCGUCCGCCUCUACCACACUUACCAGAGCACGCUCCAGGCUUUCUCCAACAGCGGCAUUCAACUCACCGUGGGCAUAACGAACGCAGAUAUCAUCAAGGCCUUAUCAAGUGUGGGCUCUGCCAGAAGCUGGGUCGAUCGCAACAUCGUACCUUAUGGCUCCAGUAACAUCGUCGCUGUUACGGUGGGAAACGAAGUCCUUACUUCGACGGCGAACAAUUUGAAAAACGCACUGCUGCCUUCGAUGAAGAAUCUGAGAGAGGCGCUGAAUCUGGCAGGUGAGAGUGGGAUCAAGGUCACAACAGCUCACGCUUUCGACGUCGUCGCGAACUUUUUCCCCCCAUCUAGCGGCCAGUUCGCUGACACCGGAAGGAUGCAGCCCUUGGUGAACUGGUUGGCCUCGGUAGGAUCCGAUUUCAUCUGCAACAUCCACCCUUACUUCACGUACAUGAACUCCAAUGGGCAAAUCACGUUGCAAUUUGGCCGUCUUGAAUCUGGUUCUGUCAAAGAUUCAAACAAUGGCGAGAUAUACACAAAUCUUCUCGCACAGCGGCUGGACGCAGUUUAUGCAGCUCUGGGGAGAUUGGGGCAGGGAAACAUGCGCGUGGUCGUUGGGGAGAUCGGCUGGCCCACUUCAGGAGGCACUGCCACAGAUACAGACAACGCUCGGAUCCACAAUCAAAACCUGGUGAACUUAGCUAGAGGAGGAACGCCACUCAAGCCCAACUGGGGAAUCCAGACUUACAUUUUUGCAAUGUUCGACGAGAAUCAGAAGGCUGCUAGCUUACAGAAGAGCUGGGGAUUGUACAAUCCGAGAAACUUCCAAGCGAAGUAUACCAUCAACUUCGGAAACUCACCGACCCUUAGCAAUCGCAUCACCCAGGGAAUGAGACUGAGUAGUGGACAGUUUGUCAUGUCCAAAAAUGAAGUCUACAAGUUUAUCAUGCAGGCUGACUGCAACUUGGUCCUGUAUCAAAAUGGUGUCACACCUCUGUGGUCCAGCCAUACCGUUUGCAGCGCCUCGGAUGGUUACUUGGAGCUGCUAUCCGAUGGAAACGCUGUAGUGUACGGUGGUGGUGUUGCACGCUGGACUUCGAAUACUUUGGGGCGUAAUGAUGGAGCUCACCGCAUCGACGUUCAGGACGAUGGCAACACUGUCAUGUACAAUGAAGCAAAUCAAGCCAUUUGGGCGACCAAGACAUCGAGCGGUCGCAUCACCCAGGGAAUGAGACUGAGUAGCGGACAGUUUGUCGAAUCCAAAAAUCGAGUCUACAGGUUUAUCAUGCAGGCUGAUUGCAACUUGGUCCUGUAUCAAACUAAUGUCGGACAUCUGUGGGCCAGCAAUACCGCUGGGUGCGGCUCGGAUGGUUAUAUGGUGCUGCAAUCCGAUGGAAACGCUGUAGUGUACGCUGGCGGUGUUGCACGCUGGGCUUCGAAUACUUGGGGGCGUAAUGAUGGAGCUCACCGCAUCGACGUUCAAGACGAUGGCAACGCUGUCAUGUACAAUGAAGCAAAUCAAGCCAUUUGGGCGACCAACACGUCGAGCGGUCGCAUCACCCAGGGAAUGAGACUAAGUAGCGGACAGUUUGUCGAAUCCAAAAAUCGAGCCUACAGGUUUAUCAUGCAGGCUAACUGCAACCUGGUCCUGUAUCAAACUAAUGUCGGACAUCUGUGGGCCAGCAAUACCGCUGGGUGCGGCUCGGAUGGUUAUAUGGUGCUGCAAUCCGAUGGAAACGCUGUAGUGUACGCUGGCGGUGUUGCACGCUGGGCUUCGAAAACUUGGGGGCGUAAUGAUGGAGCUCACCGCAUCGACGUUCAAGACGAUGGUAACACUGUCAUGUACAACGAAGCAAAUAAAGCCAUUUGGGCUACCAACACAGCGGGCAGUCGCAUCACCCAGGGAAUGAGACUGAGUAGCGGAAAGUUUGUCGAAUCCAGAAAUCGAGUCUACAGGUUUAUCAUGCAGGCUGAUUGCAACUUGGUCCUGUAUCAAACUGGUGUCGGACCUCUGUGGGCCAGCAAUACCGCUGGCAGGGGCUCGGAUGGUUAUAUGGAGCUGCAAUCCGAUGGAAACGCUGUAGUGUACGGUGGCGGGGUUGCACUCUGGGCUUCGAAUACUUUGGGGCCUAAUGAUGGAGCUCACCACAUCGACGUUCAGGACGAUGGCAACACUGUCAUGUACAAUAAAGCAAAUGAAGCCAUUUGGGCUACCAACACAUCGAGCGGUUGCAUCACCCAGGGAAUGAGACUGAGUAGCGGACAGUUUGUUGAAUCCAAAAAUCGAGUCUACAGGUUUAUCAUGCAGACUGACUGCAACUUGGUCCUGUAUCACAUUGGUGUCGGACCUCUGUGGGCCAGCAAUACCGCUUGCAGCCGCAGGGAUGGUCAUAUGGAGCUGCAACCGGAUGGAAACGCUGUAGUGUACGUUGGCAGUGUUGAACGCUGGGGUUUACGCUCAUCAGCGGACGCGCGCUGGGCUUCGAAUACUUGGGGGCGUAAUGAUGGAGCUCACCGUAUCGACGUUCAGGACGAUGGCAAUACUGUCAUGUACAACGAAGCAAAUGAAGCCAUUUGGGCUACUAACACAGCAGGGAGAUGAGAGAUUUAUGGAUUUGUCGAAGAAGAGAACAUGUGCGAUCUAUGCCGGUCACUGAAGAACUCCAGUGACCCAGACAAGCGAACAUGCUUAGUCCAUGGAGCUAACUAACUACAUCAGAUAAGAUUGAGCUUAGAGAUGCAACUUUUCAAGUCAUAUAAAAUCUCGAGAUCACUAUCGACCAUCUUCAAAAUGAAGCUGCUAUUAAACACUUUGGCUUUGAUUUGACGGAAUGUUUUUCAAAUGCUUGUAAAAAAGG